AUGCCAUCUAAUGUGGGAGCCUAUGCAGCUGGUCCCACCCCUAUCCAGACUGCUUCAGGGAGGACCCGCCGCAGUUCUGCUUUUUUCUCCACCCACAAUAACGGCCAGUAUAUUGAGCUCGACGAUUUAGGUGUGGCGACCAGUCCGAUUGGGGAGGAGGCGCGCUACGCUUCGGCUCCGAAGGCAAAGAGCAAGAAAUUGUAUAUUCCUAAUACCUUGUGGACACGUCUCUUCGCUAUUACAGGUAUUAUUGAGACGCUCGGCACGGUCGGGAUUGAAAGAUCAGGCGAUAUUGACCUAGUAUCUAGCUGGAUCUUUAUCAGUAUCUCCAACCAUUUCGAUGAUGAAGGAGAUGGCAGUGGAACGUUGCGUCUCCGAUCAUUUCUCGGUCUUUACAUCUUCGCCCUUCUCUACGAGCUUGUACUCGCCUAUGAUGCGUUAAGACGGAAGAAUACAUUCCAGCUAAUGGGUCUUUGCAUCUGUAACCUUGGUCUUUUGAUCUAUGGCGUUAUCCAAACGAAAGAGAUCAAGGAUACUCUGACCGGUCUAAGCGGAACAAUCUCCAAUGGAGAGCAUCUUUGGAGUCAAUAUCGCAUCGCGCUGAUCCUGGUACCGGUUGUUCUAGCCGUUGGCACUAUUUGUAUGUCAAUUGUGACAUGGAAACUGCGCGCAGAAUUCUCUUGGACAAUUUACAAGAGUAUCAGUGCGGAUUUACAGAUGAGUUGGCGAUAUACCACAUACCAGGUCUAUAUUGCCCUGUUAAAGUUUGACUUUUUUUUUAUCUUCGGCACCGAGUUGCAGGUUAUCCUUGCGGUACAACAUGUUGUCAACCGAGAAUUCAUCCUUCAAGCAGCCAUGAUACCCGUAGCCAUCGUGAGCUUGAUCCUAGCCGCUCGCUUCUGUCGACUGGAAAAGAAGAAAUCCCUUAUCUGCAUGAUGAUUCUCAUGGUUAUCAUGAUUGCCAGUUUUGUCUACACACUCCUACGCAUGUUUCAGGGGGAAGAAAGCGGUCUUCUAAACAGUUACCAUGUUUCUUUGACUCUAUUCGCUGGAUUAGCUAUGCUGCUUCUGGGAGUCACGCUCGUUAACUCCGUGGUAUGCAUUUGCAAUUUCGGGAAAGGAUUGAAGGAACAUAUCGACAAUUCCAGGAAACCGAAGGCAACGGCGGAUCCAGAAAAUUCUUGGACAGAAGAUACGAAAUCACGAUUUGUAUUAAAUUAA